AUGACUGACUUUGCUACUUGUACCUGGGAUGAUUUACGCGAAAAGAUCGGUUUAGAAGGAGCCAAUGUGGAAUUAGAUAGAAGAAUAAGCGGCAUAUUUAAUACAUUACGUGAUAUAACGUCUGUGUCGUCGAAGAACAUCCUGACACACAAAGUUCGUGAACUGAAGUACUCCUGGUUUCCCGCCAUAGACCAGUACGAAAGAACGAUCUUACAUCAUGCCGCUUUAAACGGCAACACUCGGCUAGUAUGUGCUCUAGUGGAUUCCGGAGCGAGAAUUAAUGCUAAGGAUGGCAUUGGACAAAGUCCUCUAACCCUCGCUUUACACAUGGGUCACUCCAACACAGCCAAGCUUUUGAUUGAAUAUGGGGCGUCUGUCAAUAACAUCUUUUUCGAAAACACGGUACCUCCCAUUGAAAUUGCGCAAGUUAAAGAAAACGCAGCACUAAUCGAUCAAAUAGAAUCUAAGAUCAAGGAAGAACAAACAAUUAUCGAAAAAGUAGGUACAUAUUUUGCAAAAAAUACAUGUAUUCAACAUGAUGAUUCCGCAAUUCCAAUGAAUGAAGAAGCAAAAAAUGUGCAUGCAAGACAAUUAAACAUUAACGUGGGUGAUCAGAAAAACACUGUCACAAUUCAAGGCUGUGCUAAUCGAUGCCCAGACGUAUAUGGUUGUCACACACCUGGUGGGGGUGACUUUCAUGCCAGAGGUUAUGUUAACGAGUCUAUUGCUAGGAUUGCAGGACAAGGUGGAUUCUGGCAUGUCACUGAACAUAUAAUGAAGCGCCCUACUGUAAACCCAGCAUCGUUUAAAAACAAAUUUAAACUGAAUAACUAUAACAAUAACGAGGAGGCUUUGCUGGAUUUUGAUGAUGGUAUGUCUAUUGCGAUGGUAAAGACAUUUGAAGAAUCCACAUUUUUCCCUUCUGCUGAUGAACUUGGCAACUGUUUCAAAAGAACUGAUUCACACAACGAAAUCCUACUGAAGAAAUUUGAAGCGUGGCUUUCAUACAAUUGUGAAAAUGAUGAACAAUUCCAGUAUCAUUCCCAGAUAACAAAUGACCUCAUGCCCAUAACAAGAUGGUAUAAACAAUCCAUAAGGAAUGGGAAUGGUGUUGCACUUGAAGGAGUAUGGAUGCUUUGCCCAGCUCUUUUUACUGCAGUUGGGAAAACCAAUUACAGAGAUGAAUCAUUUACUCAGGUGGUCAAUAGUAUUGCCAAAUGGCCUUUGGCUUACAGAAAGUUAUAUCAACAGAACCGCACAAUAAAUUUGGAUGGAAAGAAAGGCAGGAAUUUGGCAGGUGAUGAAUGGGUGGAGGAAUUCCUUGUCAGACCUAUCAAGCAGUAUGCAUCAGCACAAUCAUCAUUUGCAAUGGUAGAGCUGAUGUCAUGUAGCACAAACCUGCUUGAGAUGAACAGAGCAAUGUACAAGAGCAGGGAUGCUUUUGAUAUCCAUAACACUAAGAAACACAAAAAGCCUAGUUCAAUUUAUGAUCAACUUAAAGUAGCCCAAUUUGCCCUUAAAGAAGAAUGGUUUGAAGAAAAAGGAAGGGAGACAGUGAAAAAAUACCCAUGGGCUGAUAAAAAGUUAAAGCCUGGUGAACUGGUUCCACCUAGAUACAUAAGCAGCUAUCAGAAAGGACAGGAAAAGGCAGAGAUUGAAUUUCCUGGCUUUCUUCACAGGAAAUAUCCAAAUGACAUGCUUUAG